CUUUUCUAUUUACCGUAGUUACGCGAUUUGUUAUAUUCCUAUAUAGGACAAUCGUAUUAGCUAUUAAAAGUAGGUUGUAAAUAUUUAAGUAGAAAAUAAACAGUAAAUAUGUUUAGUCAUGUAACUCAUGUUAUAUUUGAUAUGGAUGGACUUUUAUUAAAUACAGAGGAUCUUUAUACAGAAGCAUUUCAAAACAUAUGCUCUGAAUAUGGAAAAGAGUAUACCUGGUCAAUUAAAAUGCAUUGCAUGGGACAAAAACCAGAUGCUUCAGCCAAGUAUACCAUUGACCAAUUAAAUUUACCUUUGACAACAGAGCAGUGGAAAGAAAAACUUGGAAAACAGUUGAACGUUGUGUUUUCUAGAUCCAAACUUCUGCCUGGAGCCAAAAAACUAGUGAGCCAUUUAAAAUCUAAGGGAAUACCGAUUGCAAUAUGUUCCGGCUCUUCCAAGGCUGCAUUUGUGGCUAAAACUUCUCACCAUUCAGAGUUUUUCUCCCAGUUUGAUCCCAUUGUUCUUUGUGGGGAUGACCCAGAAGUAAAGCAUGGAAAACCACAUCCAGAUGCUUACAAUGUGACAAACUCAAGAUUCGCUUUUCCUCCUAAUCCUAAAACAGUCCUAGUUUUUGAAGACGCACCGAAUGGUGUCAUCGCUGGUGUGGAAGCGGGCAUGCAAGUUGUGAUGGUACCAGAUCACAGAGUUCCAAAUACGCUUACAGAAAAAGCAACUGUUGCCUUGAAAAGUUUAGAGGAUUUCAAGCCAGAAGACUUUGGUCUUCCUGCGUAUGAUGAAUAGUAUUGCCUAUUGCGCAAAUCCUAUAAUGAACAAUCUUGUGCAGUCGCAAUCAAUUUUUAUCCAGUAGCCUACUCAGUAGUGUUAGUAGGCUAACGCAUUACAAUUUACAAAUCUUAGUUUUAAUGAAAUUCUCUAUUAGCCGAAAGUACUAAUUACAUGCUGUAAUAAAAUUACUUAGGAAG